AUGCUGAUUGGCAACGUGUCUAUCAUUGUUGUUGUUGUUAUUGCGUUUUAUCCUUCAGCUGAUUUCUACCAUGCUUCAACCUAUGUGGAGAUGUUUGAUGCCUCCCCCAAAGUCUCUCUUCAAUGUGAGUUUCAAGUGCUAGAUGUAAUAUCUGGAUCGGGUGAAAACAACUCUUUCCAACUGAUCAUCAAACCAAUCUUGAUCGAUUUCAAAGAGCUGACCGAAUUGAAGCUCACCGUAAUUGUCGAACGGUUUGAGAAGUAUUUUGCGUGGACAAAUAUGACCAUGGAUUUCAAAUUUUUCCCCAAUGUCAUUGGUUUGUUUCCAACUGAAGCACAGACUGUCAAUUCCAGCACACACAAGAAAUUUUUCACCAGAGUUGAUGAGACCUAUAAAUGCGAAUCCAGGAUUCCCAUCCCAAUGGGACCGCACGUGACAAUCGUGUUCUCAGACAUGACGUUCCAAGCAUUUGAAGCCGAAACUGACCCACCAGCCAAUCGACAACAAGAUGUUCGAUCGAAACGUCUACACCACCCGGGCAGUAACCGAACCAAUGUGACCGCAUGCGAUGCCCUGGGAACCGACGGGACGCAGGAGCUAUUGGCUCCGGGACCACUGACUCGUAUUGUGACCAUGUGUCGUGAAGACUUGACCCAGUUGUGUACCCUGAUCGAAUUUCGCGGGCAUCUGCAUGUGUUCUAUCCACUGGAUGCGAAUGAGACUGGAUGUCACACGGUUCCACUUGACAUACGAUCUGCCUCGGAACGCGAAGCAUCUGGACCAUACACAUCCGGACCGAAUCAGUUCCAAUCGAUUGGACGCGGCGGAAAUCAAUCAGAUACCGCGGGGAAUCCUGUAGAGCCUGAGGUCGAACGUGUGCUGACCACCGGCGAGGACUGUUGCACAAUAUAUACCCGAUGUUUUAUCAUACCCCUGGGCAAAACACUCGAAGAUCCUUUGUACGGAUGGCGUUUACAUUUGACCUGGGAACGAACCCCCGAGGCGUACGAAUUCGGUGAGGUCGGUUGGAGCAGUGUGGGUGCACCAAUUGGCAGUUUGUCUGGCGUGUACGAUCUGGUUCAAGUUCACUUAACCUACCGGUUGAGCGAGAAGGCCGGAUUUCCCUCUUUACCGUUCAAUUUGAAUGAUCAGCUAUUCUCGGUCAGUAGUUUCGCGCGCGAACGUUUUCAAGCACGUGUGGGCGACUAUUAUGAGUGCAUAUCCACAACCAAUAUUGUGCUGGAACCAAAUGCCAAUGACACUGUGUUCGCAUGGGAAGAGAAGAGUGUGGAGAUGGAGCCCACACUUCAACUGCCCGGAUUUCGUGUGAUUUUGACCAUGACAGACGUUCGAUCGCAAGCAUUCGCGGAUGUGAAUGUGCCCGAGUUUACCGGAGCUAGUGAGUGA